AUGGAUCCACAGCACCUCCAAGCCACCCUAGACCUCAUCUUGGGCCAAUUAGGGACCGUUACUCAACAAAUUCGCAACACCCAAACCGAUCUAGCUGACUUUAGGCGCCACACGAAUGACCGACUAGAUAACAUUGAGCGUAACGGGAAUCCUGCAAUUUAUACGCCAUCAAGACCUCACUCACCUUAUGGUGAAGACAACCGACCCGAUCAUGAACCCCAUCGAGAUCCCGGACGUUUUCCCGACCAUUACCAACGCAACCCUAGGCCACCUCAAGAGCCCAUAAGGGAAGACAACAUUUGGAGAGACAACGACACCCAAUUACUGAAGAACAUUAGGAUCGACGCUCCGACCUAUGACGGAACCCUUGACCCCCAAGUUUUCCUAGAUUGGCUGAAAUCAAUGGAUAGUUAUUUCAAGUGGUACAACAUCUCUGAAGCUAGGAAAGUUAGGUUCGCUGAAAUGAAGCUCAUUGGUCGAGCCAACCUGUAUUGGACCAAUUUAGAGAAUAUGCGCGAGGCUCGAGGCGAACACCCGAUCACGGACUGGAGGACGAUGAAACAGGAACUUAAGAGAAAAUAUCUUCCCCCUUCGUACUACCCGAAACUCCUUGAUAAAUGGAAUAGAUUAACCCAGGGGAGCAAACCCGUUAAAGACUACAUCUCGGCCUUUGACGACUUCCUGAUCCGUUGCAAUGGCGAAGAGUCCGCCACCCCAACUCAAAUCCUUUCUAUGUUUAGAGCUGGCCUUAGGGAAGACCUGCGUACGGAACUCUUUGCUCGAGGUGUAGACUCUUUAGAGGCAGCCUGUAGCCUAGUUCUCGACCUCGAAGAUUCUAGAACCCACUCCCAAGCUAGGCACUUUGACUCCCGCUCGAACUCGUAUAGAACCUUGCCUGGACAAUCUCAAACCCGACCCUCAGGAUCGACUGCAAACCGAACCCCUGCUAGUUUGGCCCCACCUCGUACGGACCUCAAAGGUAAAGCUCCCGAGCGAGACGCUCCCAAACCCAAUUCUGGAACCAAAUGCUAUAGGUGUCAUGGGUACGGGCACAUUGCUUCACAAUGUUCUAGUCCGUACAAAGUCACCAUAAUUGAAGAAGUGGACGAAGAGGAAGAAGAACCUGAGACUGAUUUGGUGCACCAAGUGGAUGAGGAAGAAGACUCUUUUACUGAAGAAGAACCCGUUACCUUACAAGUUGUUAGGUGUGCUUUAGCCCAACCUAAGCUAAGUGAUGAUAGGCGUAGAACCUCAAUUUUUCAUACCUUCAUUAAGAUCGGAGAAAAGAGCUGUAAAGUUAUCAUAGACAGUGGAAGUUGUAUCAACGCCGUCUCGUCAGCCAUGAUCUCCAAGCUCAAUCUUAAGGUGACCCCGCACCCAAAUCCGUAUAAGGUUUCUUGGAUCAAUUCGACUACCAUAGAAAUUAAGGAUCGAAGCCUUAUUCCGAUGGAAUUUGUGGGAUAUCAAGACAAGAUUUGGUGCGAUGUUCUAACCAUGGAUGUUGGUCAAAUUAUCCUUGGUCGUCCUUGGUUAUUUGACAACGAUGUCCAUAUUUAUGGGAGGAUGAACACCUGCGUGUUCGAACAUAGUGGAAAGAAGAUCAAGUUAAUGCCCUCUCAACCUAAACCUCCCAAAACUGAAGCUAAGCCUGUCUCGGCCAAGCACAGUAAAGGCCUCCACUUAUUGACUGCGAAGGAGGUGGAAACUGAGAUCACCCAAGGAGCACCCAUGUACGCCCUCGUGGCUAGAGAAGUAGAUGAAGACCAGAAAGAACCUAUCCCUGAUACCGUUAGACCUCUCAUUGAAAACUUUGCGGAUGUUUUCCCAGAAGAUUUUCCUAACCAACUGCCACCCCUGCGGGACAUAUAG